AACGCGGACCGGGUCCUAAUUUACAAGUGUCCUUGCUAAGAACAUGUAAAUGUACUUAUUUCUCACUUUCGUAAACUAUUUCAUUAAUUAAAAUUUGGUCCGAAAUAAACGGUCAAGUUGAUGGCCAAGUGUGGCGCAAUAAGCAUUCAACUAUCCAAGAUUCAUUACGGUCGUAUUACUUUCAAGAACAAUGUUAUCACAACUCGUGGUUUGCAACGACAGAAAUCGAAAUUUGUCACGUACCGAUGGUAAUUACAAAAUUGUUUUUCUAAUAUUUGCUUUUGUUACAGGAACAACAGGCAAGUUUCACGCCGGUGAAAAUGACAGAAAACCUGCAAGGGAUUGUGUAUUCUGGUUUAUGUGCUUAGUAAUUAACCAGGAAGUUGAUAUCUAAAAGAACUGGGACCGUUUCCUGCGUAUGAGCCGAGUGCUUGUUAGUUUAUCAAAUGACUUGUGGCAAUAAUUUUAAGUGACAUUCAAGUAACUAUAAUAUUCUAGUGAGUGUUCUCAUUUGUAAUGGCACAAGACACUGUGGACGCGACGCUCGAAUGCCAAAAUGUCGGACAAAGACGCGCUUCUAUCGAAGUUCUUAGUUGCGAAAUGCCGGAUAGGUACAGAAAGGACCGUGGCAAAAGAGUGCUUCGAACUCUUUUGAAUCGGCUACGUUUACGAAGAUCGGCCAGCGUUGAUAUAUCCGAGCCGGAUCCCUCCUUCAAAGUGGCGUAUCUUGGAAACGUUGUCACUGGGUGGGCUAAAGGUGAUGGUUGUGUAGAGAAACCAUUAGCAACUUUAUGGCGCAAUUACACCCAAUCAUCGCGACCUGACGUAUGCAUGCUGCUGACAGUCGGCGGUGGUGGUUUAAAAGCGACCACAAAGGAUCACGGCUUAACGGAGUAUUGGGCGAAUAGACUGACGUUUUGUGCCGCUCCCUCGCAUUUCCCUCGAAUAUUUUGCUGGGUGUAUCGACACGAAGGAAAACGCCUCCGCCACGAAUUACGAUGCCACGCCGUUUUAUGUUCAUCAUCCGCAACUGCUAGUCAACUUGAGGGGAACUUGAAGAAUUCAUUGCGUUUGGCACUGACUGAGUUUAAGAAGGAUAAGGUUUCAAGGCAAAACGCUCGGUUAUCGCUGGUCAAUUCGAUUUACGACAAUCCUUCUAUGCCCAUAAGAAAAAUUCUUUUAAGCACCGGGUCGAACAACUACCGUCCACCUUUAGAACGAUCAAAAUCUGCACCAAAGCUCGUUAGCAUCGAAGAAAAUUUGGAGGAGGAAGACGAACAGUUGACGCAUUCUUCUAAGAAGAAGCCGCCAUUACGUUAUUAUGAAAGUGCUAGCAAUCUUUUUGAAAGACGAACAAAUUUAGCAUAUAGUGAACAGACUGCAAAUAGUGUACUUACCAAAAAAGAAAAUGUCUGUGAUAGUGUUGUGGAGGAAGUUUCGGACAAACGUAAAGUGACGUUUAGUGACAAUACCGUUUUUGAUGAUAACUCCGACCUUUCCGUUGACGAAAAGAGUAAUCGUAUCUUGGAGCAACUUGCUCAAGAAUCGCUGUCGAAUGAAUUUGUUGAAUCUUGUAAUGAUACUUUGGAAAGGAACUGGUUUGGAAAUUUAACGAUAGCUACUAAUUUUACCACGAUAGAUAGUGACGAGGGCUCUUUGUCGAGCGGGUGCGAAUCCGCUAGUACGGUCACGUCAGAAAUUGAGCAAUCUUCUUUUUCUACAACAGAAAAGGAGCAGGACGAGUCAAAUGCGGAGACCUCCAAUUUGGAGUAUAGGAUGGAUUCUGAUUUUAAAGUUGGCGGUAUACUUUUAAGUAGAGGCCGAAGUUUAGAAAAAUUAACCGGCGUAGAAUAUCCAAAGUUCUAUGGACUGAAUUCUAGCUUAAGUACAUCAAAUAUUAUGAACGAGGAAGUCUCUCUGGUACCUGUUGGUGAAAGUCAAACUGAUUUUAGUUCAUUAAAAGUGUACAAAAAACGAUCUUGUUCCGAUUCAGGAUUGAAUGUAAACAUUUAUUCAGUUGAUACGCAUUUAACCACAGAAACAAACGACGAAGAAAACGUUCAAGAUGAAGGUUACGAUGAAGUAAUAGACUGCGCAAGUUCAAUAUCUAACAUUGUGUUAGUUUAAUUAUUAACUUUUCCUGUAUAUAAUUUUUUGUGUAAAUUGUUUAUUAAAAUGUAGAUCAUUU